AUGCAGUGUAACGCGCAAAGGCUAAAUAUGAUGCUGCAUGGGCUUGAGAAAGAUAAGAUCGUCCACUUUGCAAUCUGUUUCCAUACAAUCUCCGACAAUGCUGAGACUCCGCAGCAGGAUAUUUUCAAUGGCCCGUUCCGUCUUUGUGGAAACAGCUACUCCGAUCUUCUUGCUGGCCUGCGCUUGGAAAACUUUGACGAAGAUGACGUGACAACUUCCAGGAGGUCCAGUGGUCUGCAUACCAAUCUAGCUAAUGCGGAGAGCCAAAAACACGAAUGA